AUGAAUAAUAAUGUCGAGACAAGCUCGGUGCAAGAAAGGGAAUCGGAUGAUGCUCAUGAUGAAGAAGAUGAGGAGGAUGAAUCAGUAACUUUUAGUACAGAUGAUGAAGUUGGGCAUGUUAAGAAAUUGGUCGAACCACAUUCUUGUACUAGAAGCAACAAAGGUGCGAAUAAGGUGGCAACACAAGGAUGGGUUGUAAGUGCGGUUAUAGAUAAGUUGAAAUGCGACGGGGAUGUCUCAAUUAAAGAACUCCACAAGUGGGUUAAGAUAAAUUUCAAUGUUGAUCUACCCUACAUGAAAAUCUUUCGAGGUAAAGAACAAGCUUAUAGUGAUUUGUACGGGAAUUGGGAAGACUCAUUCAUAAAGACGAAUGCUUUUAAAGAGGAACUAUUAAGGCGAAAUCCGGGAAGCGUUGUCGAAGUUGACAUUGAGACUAAAGCUUGUUGGAAGGGGUUUCUUGUUGGUUGUCGUCCCUAUAUUUCUCUAGAUGCAUGCCAUCUAAAAGGCAAGUUUAAAAGGGUACUAGUCGCUGCUAAUAGUGUUAAUGGUAACAAUUCUAUUUUUUCGGUGGCUUAUGGUGUACCUGAAUCUGAAAACAAGAACUCAUGGAUAUGGUUUCUUGAGUUACUUAAGAAAGUAAUCGGUACGCCUAAUGGACUAGUUAUAUCAUCAGAUUUGCAAAAGGGUGUAGACAUUGCAAUUACACAAGUUUACCCUAAUGUUGAGCAUAGAGAGUGCAUUAGGCACUUAUUUAGUAACUUCAAUAAGCAUUUUCGUGGUGAUUUAUUCACACGAAAUUUAUGGCAAGCUGCAAAGACCUAUUGUGUAAACGAGCAUGAUCGACUAUUAAAUGAAAUUACUGGAGCAAAUAAAGAUGCACUUACUUAUCUUAAUGAGAAUCACAAUAAGAUAUGGAGUUGUUGUAGGUUUGGGGAGACAUCAAAGUGUAACUAUGUUACAAAUAAUAUUUCGGAGUCAUUUAAUGCGUGGAUAGGUGAGGUGCGUUAUAAACCGGUUCUUAAAUUACUUGAUUCCAUUAGAGAGAAGAUUAUGGUACGAUUUGACAAAAAAAUGAGGCUUUCAAAAAGAUGGAAGGGUUCCUUAGUACCAAAAACUAAGACUUACCUCGACAAAAUCUCUAAGAAAUUGGGUGCAUAUAAAAUUUGUAAAAGUGGUGAAAAUCGAGCUGAGGUGAAAUACGAGGACAAGCGUUGGGAGGUUUCCCUUGAUGAGAGAAAGUGUUCUUGUCGGGUUUGGCAGAAAUUAGGUGCAUAUAAAAUUUGUAAAAGUGGUGAAAAUCGAGCUGAGGUGAAAUACGAGGACAAGCGUUGGGAGGUUUCCCUUGAUGAGAGAAAGUGUACUUGUCGGGUUUGGCAGUUUAAAUUAGCUUAUGCUUUAGAAGUUGCCCCAAUGCCUACAAAGGAUCAAUGGUUGCAUAUAGAUAACAAGGAGAAGACAUACCCACCUACAAUCAAACGUCCACCUGGAGACCAAGAAAGAACAUAA